UGCUGACAAGUAUGCAAAUGUUUUGACUGUUAAUGCGCUUGUGACCGUUAAAAACUGUUUUUCUCGUAGAGAUUGUUGCGAUGCCACACGAAAAGACUGGCGUAGCAGUUGAAGCACUAACCCAGCGGAAGUGCUCGAGAGAUAUCGCCCAAGAUGAUGUGGUGGAAACGCCUGAAGUGAGACAGAAAGCUCUGAAACGACUACGUGACCUCAUUUCAGGUGAACGGCAUCUCCACUGCCCCGCGGACGACGAAGUCCUCCUGAAGUUCCUGCGAGCCCGGAAGUUCAACGCGGACCGCGCUUUCAAGGUUGUCAAGAACUACUUCAAGGUCCGACGAGAAAAUCCAGAAAUGCUCGACGACCUGAGCCCAAGCCGCGUUCCUUUCGAUAGCGCCUGCCGAAAGCACGGUCUGAUAACCGUGUCUCGCAAGACAGAUCCUGACGGACGGGCCGCUGUGAUAGUUCGAUUCGGAGCCUGGAACACAGAUAUCUGUUCGCUGAACGACUACUUCAGAGUAUGCGUAGUGCAUGUCCUGCACCUUACCAUUCGGGAACAGUUCCAAGUCGAGGGCGUCGUGGUCGUGUUAGACCUGAAGGGCCUCGGUCCCUACCACUUCGCUCAUUACACGCCUUCCAACAUGAAAAAGGUCUUCAGUCUUGUACAGGACUGCUUUCCCCUGCGAAUGAAAGGAGUUUACAUUAUAAACAGUCCUUGGAUAUUUCAAUUCUUCUUCGCUAUCGCCAAGCGUUUCAUGAAGGCGAAACUGGUGCGAAGGACCCACUUCAUUGGCAACGACCUGGAGAAACUGAAGAGCCUUGUGCCUGAUGACGUCAUUCCAGAGGAGCUUGGGGGCACGAACGAGAGCUACGACUACGACGUGAUGGAGAAGGAUCUGCUGCGAGAAAAGGAAUUUUUCCAGAAUCUGAACUCCUACGGGUAUCGCAAGCAGUAAAAAAACAUGAAAGGAUGUCUGAACAGAGUACCAUAUAUAGAACGCUUUGCGAACAGCCUAGCCUCACGCUGCAUCAAGGAUGGAGUUGGCAAAGGCGAGUUGGUCCAUGGUCAUUUACACCAAAAAACAUGAAGCAUACUGCCUGUAGUUACCGAAAGACACUUUGUCGCGCCAUCUCUACGUAUGUCUUUGAGACGUGUGCAUAGUCCCUGCAGAGAUUGAUGUCAGGAAACGGAUAUGAAAGUUUGUGUCGUACCUCAUCUAGGACCUUGGAACUCUAGUCGCGAACUCAUUGAAGGAAGUGAUAGCGUGCUGUUAUCCUUAUCAAACCUGGCGUUAGUGGGCAGUAUUGAAAUAGGAUGCCCUGAUAA